AUGUAGGCAAUUGUCUUUAGACAUAUAUGUGAAGAUGUAGGCAAAAAGAUCAAAAGAACUAAAAAAAAGUAUUAGUGGGAUUUUGGCUUUGAGAUAAGAGAUGAUGAUAUAGAAAGACAUGAAGUAGUUCUAUAUUAUUCAGUUAUUUCAGGCAAGAGAUAAUUAUUUUUAGAUGGUUAAAAGAUUUCAACAAGUUCAGGUCAAUUUGGAAAAUAUGAAAUGAAAUUCAAUAUAGAUCAGCAUAAAAAUAUGGCAAGAAUUGAAGCAUAUGCAGAUAAAUCAAAAUUAUUCAUCAACAAUAUUGAAUUUUAAGAAAUAAAUUCUUAGUACAGAUAACAUGGGUUGAGUAAUAAAAAUAAUGAUGUUUACAUACAAGAUGGAAAUUUAUCAGAUAGUGAUCCUGAAGAUAUUGAUGAAGAUACUUUAAAUCGUAUAAAUUUAGAAAAAGAGAGAUAUAAUAACGUUGUUAGCAAAAUAAAAGGACCUAAUCCACAGAUUUUCAAUGGCCCAAUUUACAAAAAUCAAGAAAACAAUAAACAACCAGAAAAUUAAUUUAAAGGUGUAUUUUAAUCGUUUGGGUAAGACUCUAAAAUUUAAAAUACCUAGCAGCAAAAUAAUAGUAAUUAAAACUAGCUCAAUGGAAUUAAACAAUAAAAUUAAAGCAAUAUAAAAAAUGAAAAUAUUUAACCAAAUCCUUUUUCAGGAUUUAAUUUUAGCUCAUGGGUUUAAAAUGAAUAGCCAUAAAAAUCUGGUAGUUAAGUAUAUAAUAGCUAGCCUUAAUAGCAAGGAAAUUUUAAUAGAAGCUAAUCUCUAAGCACAGCCUAAUAAUCUAACUAAUCAGCAUAAACAUAUAUAAAAGAUGAGUGUCCAUUUUUUGGAUAAAAUUCCUCAAUGUUUUAGUAAAUUCAUAAAUCACAUUCAGUUGAAUAAUCCUAGGCUAAUAAUUCCAAAGUAUUUGAAGACUUUUUUAAAACUGAUAAUAAUUGUGUAGAUUAAAAUAGAUUAACUUUUUAAUUUAAUGGACAAAAUAAUAAUAUAAAUUCGUUUAACGAAGGCCUAAAUAGAAAUAACUAAUCUAGAAGUGAUUCUAAUUUCAUGUAAAUAAAUAUGUCAUAUAAUAAUAGUUAAGCUACUAACUUCAAUAUAAAUAGUAACAUAAACUAAUAAAAUCAAUCACCUUCAUUUACAUCUUCUUAAUAGUAAAAUAACUAGUAUAAUAAAUUUAAUAUCUAAACAGUUCCUAAUUAAUAAUAAAAAUAAAUAUAUUAAUCUAGUAUUGAUUUAUUAUGA